AUGAUGGGCAGCGGGAUGGGCGCGUACGGCGGCGCGGUGCGACCGGUGGAGAGCGCGGCGGGGGAGACGAUGCUGCUGUGGGGCCUGGGGCAGCCCGAGGCGCACCGAAACAACGCACUGGUCCGCCAGGCCGCGCACGCCUUCGAGCUCGACGCCUGCGGGCGGCGCCUGUCCCUGCUGCAGUCCCCCUCCUCCAUGUCCACCCCGGGGGUCACGGGGGCGGUCGUCUGGGACAGCGGCGUCGUGCUGGCCAAGUUCCUCGAGCACGCCGUCGACUCCCAGCGGCUGCUACUCCGCGGCGCGCGCGCGGUGGACCUCGGGUCCGGAUGCGGCCUGGUGGGGUGCGCCGCCGCCCUGCUGGGCGCCCAUGUGGUCCUCACCGACCUCCCCGACCGUCUCAAGCUGCUCAGGAAGAACGUCACCCUUAAUGUCGAUGACCCCCACGUCCCGGGCUCCGCUCGGGUCACGGAGCUUGUGUGGGGCGACGAUCCUCACCAUGAAUUGCUCAAGGAGCCACUGCCCGAUUUCGUGCUCGGCUCUGAUGUCAUAUACAAUGAGGAAGCGGUGGACGAUCUCCUGGCCACUCUCAACCAGCUCUCAGGAAAACACACCACUAUACUUCUAGCUGGGGAGCUUCGCAACGAUGCUGUGCUGGAGUGCUUCUUGGAGGCAGCAAUGGAGGACUUCCUAAUUGCUUGCAUCGAGCAGGACCAAUGGCACCCUGAAUUUCGCAGCAACCGUGUAGCCUUGUUUAUCUUGGUCAAGAAACCAGAGAAACCUAACUAUACUACCUAA